CCACCUUUCGCCAUCAUCGCGAUCAUCACACCCACACAUUGACUGAUCGCAACUCGCAGCCAUGCCGCCCUUCAAGGACGACCAGAUAAUAAUUAUCGCGCCGGGGUCAGAGACCACCGUCGCCCAGCUCGGCCUGCCCGAGUCCUUCACACCGGCCCGCCUGCGCGUGCGCUCGCGCAUGUUCGCCGCCGAAAAGGACGGCGAGUGGGAGCCCUUCAAAGUGCGCCGGCGCCAACCAAAGCCCGCUGCCGCCGCCGAUGCGACAACCUCAACAACCACUGUACCGCCGCCCGACGCAACCGCCGCCAACGGCGACGACGAUCUCGAGUACGAGGAGGACCGCAUCACAGAAGAUGGCGCUGUGUGGCCCAUACAGGACGGCCGCAUCGUCAAUUGGUCCUGCUUCUUCGCCCUCAUCACCCACGUCUACAACGCCCUGAAUCCGCCCUUCCACACCCCCAUUCUUCUCAUCGCUCAGCCUGUGUGGACCCCCAAGGAGCACGAGAAGCUGACCCAGUUCUUCUUCGAGAAGUUCAAGACGCCCGCAUUCAGCCUCAUGGACGCCGCUCUGGCCACCGCAUGGGCAUACGGCAUACAUACCUCGACCGUCAUCGACGUAGGCAAGGGCAAGGUGGAUGUCACGGCCAUUAGUGAAUUUAUACCACACACCCAGGGCCGCGUCAUGUCCCUAUCUGGUUAUGGAGGCGAAGCGCUGACCCAGCAGCUUCUGGCGAGAUUAAAGUCAAAGGGUCUGAACAGAGAAAUGUGCGAACAGCUCAAGAGAAGUCCCAUCUGCGAAAUCCUACCCCCAGACACCCCGCUCCCAGGUACGCAAGAGGCCGAACAGGAAGUCGUCACCAACCCCGCCGCUGCGGCAUCCACUGGCGCCCCGGGAUCGGGCCCUGCCGCCGCCGCGACGAUAGGCAAUGCUCCCCGCGGACCUGGCGCCGAUACCGAAGUUGGCGACGAUACAAACCCAGAAGAGGCCGAGGGUGUCCUUGACGUUGCAAGUAUUGUGGCCGGGGGUAAAAUGGAGGAAUAUUUGGCCAAGAAGGAUAAGGAAAAGCAGGAGAAGGUGGUCGCGAAAAAGAAGGGUGCCAGUGAAGCGGCAGCAGCCAACGCCGCCAAACCAGUCAGGCUGCCCAACUCGAAACGUGAAAAGGCCGCAUUUCUGUACGAAGACCACGCGCUGUUGGACAAUCUUAAAAACAUGAACCUAGGAAGCGAAAAGUUGGCCGAAGCACACGCUGCGCUCGACGAAGGCCCGCAAAGAAAAGGAGAGGAAGCAGGCGAAGGCGAGCCCGCUACAGGAGUGGAAACCAAUGGCACGGGUGAGGCCACUUUGUCGAAUACCCGAAACGGGUCUAUCCGACGAGAAAUCGAAGUUGGUACUGAGCGUUUCCUACCAUCCGAAAGCCCCAUGUUCGAGACAAUCGCAGACGCUGUACACCGUACCAUCUCCUCGGUAGACGAGGUCAACAAGCGCAGCGAACUUUGGGAUGCGAUAGUAGUCUGUGGAAACGGAUCCAAAGUACGAGGCUUCAAAGAAGCUCUCCUCGCGACCAUCCAAGCCAAAUACCUCAUCUCGCCCUCCUCAGCCACAAUCUUCACCUCCGAAAUCCCCUCCAACAUCUCCACCCCAACCGGCACCGGCGCAAACACCCCGCAACCCUCAUCCACCCCUCAUGGCAUGCCCGCCGCCCCCUCUCACGUGAACCCCCUGCUCUACGCCGCUACAACUGCCCAAACCCAACACCUCAUGCCCUCGUCCCAACACGGCGGUAGUCCCAUCCCCAACCCCCUCCAAGGCCUGUCCUCGCACAACCAGCACUCAUCGCACGGCCAGACCCCUACCUCUAUCAAACUUGUCAAACCCCCAGAGUAUUUUCCAGAGUGGAAAGAAGUCGGAUUCGAUGAGAGCGCGUUUUUGGGCGCGCAGGUUGCUGCAAAAGUUAUUUUCGUCGUGGAUCAGGGCCAGAAUAAGGGGUAUAUGACCCGUCCGGAUUAUAAUGAGCAGGGCCCGCAGGCUAUUCAUGAUUAUGCUUUGUAG